CGUUGGCUCAGCUACUUUUGCAUGAGCAAAAAGCAGUGUGCAAAAUAAUGUUGCAUGUGUUAUUAAUGGAUUUCUUGUGAAUCGUCUUAAUCUGUGAAUUUCCUGUGUCUCGCUCUGUUGACCUUCACUUUUCCAUUGUAUGGUGCUCUCUUCUAUUUAGUAAGAGUAGUGGGAUUUAUCAAAUCAGCAUGGAGAGUAGGCAUUCUCUUUAUUGAAAACUACAAUCUUCCUGCCUAAAAUUUUCAACAUAUUCUUUUAUUUAUAGAGUGGUCUUUUGCAAAAUGAGAAGGUAAGAGAUGUACACAGUUCAGUAACACCAUGUCAACAUUGUCCCCACCACCUUCCUCUCUCAAUUAAACCGGUGCAAAUGUUUGCAGUGGUACAGGUGAAAAUUUUUAGUGAGAUUAAAGAGAUUUUCUGUCCAGACAGCCAUCCCACCAGACCCCUUAAAGCCUCGGGCUGCUCAAACUACGUUUUAUGUCACAUAUGCGGUAUUUUGUGGUAUUUAUAGCCACAUGACUGCCAUAACAUGUGGUCAGAUGCAAAGCUGCAGGUUUCUCUCCUCGGCGAAGUACCACAGUGGAAAUAUUAAAUAUAAAGGCAUAUUUCUGAUAUUCAUUAGUAUGCCAGCUUUAAGUAACUUCAAGAGUGUAAAAAUACAUUUUUAGCUUUGUUUCUCAUAAACUUCCCCCACCCCCACCCUGCUCUGUAUGUUUAUUUAUUUAUUUAUUUUUAAUUAUUAAUUUUCUACCUAAUGGCUCAUUCUUUUAGUAUGCUAUAAAAAUCAUCUUCAGGAGACUUGAAACUUGGAUUUUUUCAGUGAUUUAUCCUAGUCAGCAUCUAAUUGUCCUUUUUUUAUAUAUUGGCUUUUGUUUUUACAGCCGUUACGCUUUUGUCUCGAUUGUCUUCUUUUCUGCCUUUUAAAUUUUUGACAGCAUGAACAUUAGUUAAAAUCUGUCCGACACACUUCACUAUCAUGGAGACAUUUUGCAAGUUACAAGAUAAAAUAGCCCUUUAUUAGUCCAACAAGGGGGAAAUCUUAGCCAAAAAAUGUUAAGCUACUUGACGAUAGUGUUACCUUGAUGUGAAAUAAGGCAGUAGAGGGACAUUCUUUCUCAAAAGAUUAAAAUGAAUGGAAAUUUUUGUAUUAUUCUUUGGUUCAUGGCUAGAAUCAUGUAAAAUGUGUGAUUUGUACUUGAUAGUCUAAAUAAUUGAAAAGUACUAAAAAUACCAAACAGAUUGUUUACCAAACUGUGCCUUUAUGGAAGGACUGGUGAGGCAGUGAUCAGGAUAAUAAUAUUUUUCCUUUUGUCCUGUUUUUCCCUUAUAUUUGCAUUAUUAUCAGAGGACACGCUCUAAGACUUUGAUCCCUCUUUCUCUGCUCCCAACAGAUGAGAACUUCGUUCUCAAACAUGACAGAGCCUUCCUGUUGUCGAUGGCCAAUCGUGGGAAGGACACCAACGGCUCACAGUUUUUCAUAAACUCUAGCAUCCUGCUCUUCUAAGCACAACCAAGAUGGCCCCUCAUCUUGACGGAGUCCAUGUCGUCUUUGGUCUCGUCAUCUCUGGCUUUGAAGUGAUAAAGAAGAUCGAAGGGCUGAAGACCGAUUCAGCCAGCAGACCCUACGCUGAUGUGAGAGUGAUGGACUGCGGUCAACUUAUCACCAAGUCCGCUAAUGAUGUGCUUGAAGGCAAAAGGAAACGAACCUCCCAUUCUGCUGACUCGUCUCUCAAUUCCCAUGAGUCGUCCUCUCUGUUCUCUUCUUCACUGGAAUCUGAGAGUGAAUUAGAUGAAAAACACAAACAAUGCAAGCACAAGAGACAUGUCAAGAGUAAACGGUCAAAAAAGAAAAGGAGGGAAUCAAAGAAGGAGAAAGACGCUCUGCCCUCCAAGCAAAGUCCUGUGGAAAGAAAGAUGCUGGAGGGAGAGGAUGAAACGGAGGGAGAGAAGGAGCAGAGUGGGAAGAGAGAGAAGCCUGUCGUCCGUCCGGAGGAAAUCCCACCGGUGCCGGAGAACCGCUUCCUGCUGCGACGGGACAUGCCAUCUCAGGAAGAUAAAACAGAGAUAGUUGAGAAGGAAGAAACGUAUCUUUCAGCUGACCAGAAACCAGCGGUCUCCAAGUCAGGACGGAAAAUCAGGGGCAGAGGAACAAUGCGAUAUCACACCCCCACAAGGUCUAAAUCACGCUCUGCCUCUGUGGAAGAGCGUGGUAGCAGUGAAACUCCACCGCACUGGAAAGAAGAGAUGAAGAGAACCAAAGUUUAUCAGCCGCCGAGCAUUGAGAGAUGGAGCAAAGGAGACAAAUUGAAUGACCAUUCCUCAAGCAGAUGGGACAACAGAAGCGACUCGGUGUGGUCUCGGUCUGCAGAGCACUCUUCAGAGCACAGCUCCGAAAGAUCCAGCCAGCGCCGCCAACAGAAAAAAGACAAGAAGAAAGCCAAACACAAGAAGAAAGCCAAAAAACAUAAACACAGCAAGAAGAAGCGGUCCAAGAACAAACCACAAGAGCGUCACCUGUCAGAAGGCGAAAGAUCUGUGUCAUCAGAAAGAAAGUACAGAAGAUCCCGUUCUGUGUCCUACUCCUCUUCAAAUCAGCGUUAUUCAUCUACUCGGCGAAGGCGGCGGUCUUCGCUGUCUUUCAGAGACUCGCGGUCCUACUCUAGAUCCUACGCAUCCAGUCAGUCCAGAUCUAGAGGAAGGUCCAGGUCUUAUUCAAGAUCCAGGAGCCUUUCUAGGUCUAGAAGUCGAUCUUUGUCUAGGUCCAGAUCUCUUUCCUAUUCUCGAUCCCGGUCUAGAUCUAAGUCAAGAUCAAGAUCCAGAUACAGAUCUAGGUCUUCAUCAAGAAAGAGGGGUUCAUCCAGAUCCCCAAGAAAGAGGAAAGCCAGCAAAACCAAAAUGGAUGCCCUAAUCCAUGUGCCCGAGAAGCUUCCAGACAGCAAAGUCACACCUGUCCCCAGAGUCCCUACUGUACCGGCUCCUGAAAGUGUCCCUGUGAUCCCACUGAGUGACAGUCCUCCCCCCUCACGUUGGAAACCUGGUCAAAAGCCCUGGAAGCCCUCCUACAUCCAUAUUGAGGAGAUAAAAGCUAAAGUAGCCGCUAACAUUUCCUCCACUGGACAGACCGCUGAUAGCAUUAAAGAAAAAGCUCAGACCUCAGUCACACCCAAGUGUCUGCCAGGUGACUCUGAAAGUGACAAAGCACACAAACCUGCAGGGCGCUCACGUAGCAGGUCCUCCAGGAGCAAGUCCUACAGCCGUUCGUACAGUCGCUCAAGGAGCAGAAGUUACAGCAGGUCCAGGUCUCGGUCCAGGUCCAGGUCCAGGUCCAGGUCCCCUCAUCACUACAACAGCAGGUCAUCAUCCUACAGCAGAUCAGAUUCUGAAGACUCCAAGAAAAAAUGUAGCAAAAAUAAAAAUUCAGUGGAAAAGGAAUGGAAGGAGUAUUACAGCUCUUUGAGAAGGGUAAAAAAUUUAGAUAAGUACAUUUCACUCACCAGUAAUCAAGAUGCUCAGUCCAGAUCAGAGAACAAGACAGGCUGUGAACAUAGUCCUGAUAUCAGUGCCUCAAGGAGAAGUGGCUCUUUGGAGAAAGUAAAGGAGAAAGGCAGCUCACAGGAUCAAGAAGUGAAGCAUUGCAGCUCAGUGCCAGGGGAGACCUUUAAUAGCAGGUCUGAAUGGGAUAGUGACAGUGAUAAAGUGAGCCAAAGUAACAGUUCCACCCUGUUAAAAAAGCAGAAACAAGCAGUUCAGUUUGGUGAAGUUCUUGACAAGAAGUUUUCUGCUCUAAGCGGAUGGAAUUCUGAAAGCGACUCUGAAAAUAUAACAGCCAGGACAUUGGCCAUAUCUGAAAAAGAAGAAGGGGAGGCCAGUUCAGAAUCAGAAUCAGAGAGUCUCAGGAAGACGUCUGAGGCGGUGGUCGCUGUGGCGCAAAGCGUUGCUGCUGCCACCGCUGCCUCUAGUCAGUCAGAGAAAAGCCCUGAGAAGGCUGCAGAGCCCGAGAAGCACAAGAGCAAGAAGAAAGCCAAACGCAAGCACAAACACAAGAGAAGAAGUGAGAACAAAAGCGGUUCCCAUCACGGCAAGGACAAAGGAAAGAGAUCUAAGAGGAAACAUCAGAAACUCAAAGAGACGUUUCACUGGCAGCCACCUUUAGAGUUCGGGGACGAGGAGGAGGAAGAUGAAUCCAAGCGAGAGAAACAUAGUCCUGGUAGAGUUGUCAAAGAAAGGCCUGGUAUGGACAGUAUGAGUGAAAAAGACCAACAUUUCUCUUCUUUGAGCAAGAAUCCCACCAGUGAAGAAGACAGGGAUCAACAGAAAGCAAAACACAGCGAACUUCAUCUUCACUCAUCUAGCAGGAACAAUGCUAAUUUACCCAAUAUCAAAGUGCAGGAUUCAUUAGAUGAUAUGGAUAUUUGUACCCCAGAGCAUGACACUGAAAUUGUAGAACCUCCAGUUACACAGGAUUCUUAUCAUAGUGCUCCUGAAGAAACCCUAAAAUCUACCUCAGAGUCUUCAGAUACGGCAAGUAAAGAUAGAGCUUUACCUCACAGGAAAGAAGAGCCUUUUGUUACGUCCACAACAACCGCUGGUGAACUGCAAGAUGAAGAAACCACCGGCAAAUCCACUGGAAGUGUAAUUAAUUUAAAAUGGAAGCCUUUGAAAGGAAUGUCCGCUCUACAGAAUGUAAAUGUUGCACCCGUCACCACAAAAAACAACCAACUUCAAGAGAACCAGGCCCCCAGCAUGCAGGGAGUAAAAAUGGAAAUAAAAAGCAAAAGCCGGGUCCGCCCAGGAUCUCUCUUCGACGAGGUUCGGAAGACUGCACGGCUCAACCAGAGGCCGAGGAACCAGGAGAGCUCCAGUGAGGAAAGAUCCCCCUCUGAGGGAAAGACGAGGGGAACAUCCCGCUCGCGGUCCCCGAAGAAGUCCAGGUCGGCGUCCAGGAAGUCUCGCUCCGUUUCCAGUCACAGAUCCCACUCCAGAGGCUGGUCCCGCUCUUACAGCAGGUCCAGGAGUAGAUCCCGCAGCUCCAGCUUCUCCUCCAGGAGCCGCAGCAGGAGUCGUCGGAGGCAUGGGAGAGGACGGUCGCGCUCUCGUAGCAGCACAUAUCGAAGUUACAGAAGUCACAGUCGGACGUACAGUAGAAGUCAUUCUAGAAGUCGAUCAUAUAUUCGCCGCCGGAGAUCCAGGUCUGUUAAUGUCCUACCGGACACUCAGAAAUGGUCAGACUCCUAUGAUAGCUAUUCCAGCAGGAGUCGGAGUGUGAGCAGGAGGCGAGGCCGUCGGCGAAGCGGCAGCUACAGGAGCUCAGACCGUCGGUCCUGGUCGUACCGCUCCUCCAGUCGCAGUUCUUCCAGGCGCAGAAGUCACAGUCGCAGCAGUCGCUACAGUUGAGCUCUCAAGUCUGCUGCGAGAGAAUAAAACCACAAAGUCUGGACACUGUGCAACACACAACAGCAUUUACUAUUAUCAUCUCAGAUCAGAAAGCUCAAAGAGCAAAAUAUCCUCCAUUUUAAGUUUAAUACUGCGCUGUAUGUCCCUCCUUCAACUGAAGUGAUGGCCUUUGAAGAAAUUAAUGUUAUUUAUGUAAAUAAAUAAAAGCAAGCAAGCUUAUAUAAAGUUAGAGUAACUGGGUUGAGUCUUGUCAACAUGGCCACUCAGCAGCCUGGAAGUAUUAAAAGAAAUCUAACGUGAUAAAUAACGAGCUGUGUAUUUUUCACGUUAUUAUAUAUUUGUGUAUUCCUUUUCUACAUCUGUUUUUAUACACUGAAAUGUACAGUUAUGCAUACUGUAAAUGUGUCAGAUCCUCUCAGUUCUGAUGUGUGUGAGCAGCUGACAGGAUUCAUCAGUGGGGGAAAAAAAAUCUUUUUGUAGCAGCUGUCUUUGUUCAGUUUGUUUAUUACUCAUCAUGAAUGUUCAAACUACUUAAGCCGUAGUAUUUCUGAUUUUACUCGACAACAGUUAUGAAUGUUUACACUUAAUAAAUAACACCACACAUUAUCUUA